AUGUUGGACACAUCUUGCUUGGAUGUCGUGGACGAGGGCGCUGAGUCUGUCCGUGAGAGCGAUGCAGCAAACGAUAGCCCUCCCCUUUUUCGGCUGCUUCUGCUGCGAUGCAUCUGCGGAGCUGAUUUUGUAAGUGAAGUGGAAGUGACAUUUGCAUACGACGGGAACACUUUCACCACGGUCGCCGGCGUUUUGUGGGUUAGAGAAAUUUUGGAAGUGGAAAUUCGCCUUUUUGAAUGUAAUGAUCGAGCACCUGCAGCACACGAUCUUCAGGAAUGGAGGGAGGCAUUUAUCUGGCCAUUCGUAUUUUGUUGCGUCGAUUUUGGUGCAUUUCAGGUGCAGCCACCCAUCACACCCAUCACAACGGAACGCUUGGGCCCUGGGGCCCCAAUCCUGGAGCACGACACACAACUGUUCUUGGAAGCCUCGCUAACUUAA